AUGGGCAGAAAUAAUAACUACGGGCGUGUCUUGCACUCUGGCGUCAGGGCUGGUGGCAGAGAGACGCUUCCUCGCGCAAAAAUCAUCGACAACAAGAAAGGGGACGUGGACGAUGCAGGGGAGGACGCCGGGGGACUCCCGCGGGCAUCCUCGCUGGUCGCCAGCGACGACAGAGACUCGGGCACCAGGGACAGCCAGGAGGGCAAGAGGAUGGAGAAGGACCACAGAGUUAAUACACUGGCUAAGGAAACCCUGGAGAAUGCAGCAGUGGGCAAGCGCUCACUUCUGCAGGAGAAAGACAGCGACACUCCGCCCAAGAGGCCCAAGUCAGCUGUGGAGAAGCCACUUACGAAUGAGCAGGUGCAGCAGUGCCCGUACUGUAAUUACAGCAGCAAGGAUGCAAAUCGUUUGCAGCUGCACAUCAUGUCCCAGCAUUCCAUGCAGCCUGUCAUUUCCUGCCCUCUGUGUCAGGAUGUUCUCAGCAACAAGAUUCACCUGCAACUGCAUCUCACUCACCUCCACAGUGUGGCUCCAGACUGUGUGGAGAAGCUGCUUAUGACCGUGGCAGGUUCAGAUGUUACAAUGCCAAGUAAUUCACUUAUACCCACACCAGUACAAGAUAAAAUCCCAUCCUUAAUGGACUCAGUAGUCCCUGAGGGAUCUGGGAAGCCCAUGGGAAACAGCUCAAAGGAUUUGAAAAAUAGCACAAGCUUGGAUAAAAGUGAGCUUGAACUUUCCAGUGAGGAACUCAAGCCACCAAAAGAGGCUGCCGAGGCUCCUGACUGGAAGAAAGCCAGUGGUCAGGACCGAAAGAGCCCUGACUCCCUGCAGGAUCACCUGAGCGAACUGCAGAAGCGCCAGCAGCUCUCAGUCUCUGAUCGCCAUGUCUAUAAAUAUCGCUGCAACCACUGCAGCCUGGCUUUUAAGACUUUGCAGAAGCUCCAGAUACAUUCCCAGUACCAUGCUAUUCGGGCCGCCACCAUGUGCAGCCUGUGCCAGCGCAGCUUCAGGACAUUCCUGGCCCUCAGAAAGCACCUGGAGACUGGCCACCCGGAGCUCAGUGAGGCUGAAGUGCAGCAGCUGUGUGGAAGCCUGCCGCUCAACGGGGACAUAACCGAAAGCGAAGCCAGAGCGCUGGAAGAGGCCCAAGCCUUCGAACAGGAAAUGGAUAAAGAUGAGGAGCUGGACCAAGAAGGCAAGGCAAGUCCUACUGGAAGUGACAGCAGCUCCUUGCUGGAUGACUUUGGUUCUGAACCGAAGCGCACCUUGCCUUUUAGAAAAGGUCCGAAUUUCACAAUGGAGAAGUUUUUAGACCCUUCACGUCCAUACAAAUGCACCGUGUGUAAGGAGUCAUUUACUCAAAAGAACAUUCUUCUUGUUCAUUACAACUCUGUCUCACAUUUGCAUAAGCUAAAGAAGGUUCUCCAAGAAGCCUCAAGCCCAGUUCCCCAGGAGACCAGCAACAAUGUUGACAACAAACCAUACAAAUGCAAUAUAUGUAAUGUUGCUUAUAGCCAAAGCUCAACCCUGGAGAUUCACAUGAGGUCUGUCCUUCAUCAGACUAAAGCCAGAACUGCCAAACAGGACACUAGCAGCAGUAUUGGAGGAAGUGGAUCUGUAUCAUCCAGCAGCCCUGUCCCAGUGAGUCAGGCAAACAUGGAUUCUGUGAGCUUACCAGUAUCGUCCAACAAAGAAAACACUGUAGAUACCAAAGACGUUAACAUGAAGCAAACUACUGAUCACGUUACCGUUCAGCCAGCCCAUCAACCCACUCCAUCACCAGCACAGCUCCAGAUGCAACUGCAGCACGAGCUCCAACAGCAGGCUGCCUUUUUUCAGCCCCAGUUCCUGAACCCAGCUUUCUUCCCCCACUUCCCAAUGACACCAGAGGCUUUGUUGCAGUUCCAGCAGCCACAGUUCCUCUUCCCUUUCUACAUUCCUGGCACCGAGUUCAACAUAAGCCCUGAGCUGGCACUGCACUCAGCUGCGUUUGGGAUGCCUGGAAUGGCAGGUUCAUUCCUUGAGGAUCUGAAGCAGCAAAUGCAGCAGCAGCACCAACUUGGUCAGCAGCAGCUCCAGCUUUCUCAGCAGCAAGCCCAGCAGCAGGCCUCACAGUCCCAGUUACAGCAGCAGCAGCAAAAGUCCCAGCAGCAGAGCAGCAAGCCUAAGCCAGAGCCCAACCAUGUCGCUGUGUCUGACAUUCAGAUGUCUAGGGAAGUUGAAGAGCACCUGGAGAAGCAAGAGAGCAAAUCAAAGCAGGAAACUGUUACUGACACUGAUAACACUAAAGACAAUAAAGAUACCAAGAAGCCCAAGUUCUCUGAACCUUUGAUUCCUCCACCACGCAUUAUCUCUGGGGCCAGAGGUAAUGCUGCGAAAGCCCUGCUAGAAAACUUUGGAUUUGAGCUGGUAAUUCAGUACAAUGAGAACAGACAAAAAUGCCAAAAGAAGAACAGAGAGGAAGAGAUAAGUGACAAAUUAGAAUGUGGUAUGUGUGGAAAAUUGUUCUCCAAUAUGUUAAUUCUCAAGAGCCACCAGGAGCAUGUGCAUGGGCAUUUCUUUCCAUAUGUGGAGCUUGAGAAGUUUGCACAGCAGUAUAGAGAAGCAUAUGACAAACUUUAUCCUAUAAACCCACCCUCUCCGGAGACCCCUCCUCCACCACAACUUCCACCUCCGCCACCUCCAGCUCCGGCAACCACUCUUCCUACAACCACUACUGUAGGAAAGGCACAGACACCAUCUCCAGCCCCCCUGCAGGCCCCUCCACCACCACCACCUCCACCACCCCCUCCACCACCACCCAGUGCACCACCACAAGUGCAGCUUCCUGUCUCCCUAGAUCUGCCAAUUUUCCCUCCAUUGAUGAUGCAGUCCGUGCAACACCCUGGACUACCCCCACAGCUCGCAUUGCAACUUCCAACAAUGGACUCUUUAUCUUCUGACCUCACACAGUUAUGUCAACAGCAACUGGGACUGGAUCCAAACUUCUUGAGGCAUUCUCAGUUCAAGCGCCCUCGCACUAGAAUCAAUGAUGAUCAGCUGAAAAUCCUCCGUGGUUACUUUGACAUUAACAAUUCUCCCAAUGAGGAGCAGAUACAAGAAAUGGCAGAAAAGUCUGGCCUGCCACAAAAAGUUAUCAAGCACUGGUUUCGCAACACCCUCUUCAAAGAGAGGCAGCGAAGCAAAGACUCCCCUUACAACUUCAGCAUUCCACCGAUGACCACAUUGGAGGAUAUUAGAGUCGAAUCGCAGGUGAAUGCAUUAGAAUACUAUAAGACUGAUACUGCCAUGAACAAGAGAUCAUCAAGGACUCGAUUUACAGACUACCAACUAAGAGUUCUCCAGGACUUCUUUGAUACCAAUGCAUACCCCAAAGAUGAUGAGAUUGAACAGCUAUCCACUGUUCUGAGCCUCCCAACACGUGUGAUUGUGGUGUGGUUCCAAAAUGCUCGUCAGAAGGCACGAAAGAGUUAUGAAAACCAAGCUGAUACCAAGGACAGUGAAAAGAAAGAGCUAACAAAUGAACGUUACAUCAGAACCAGCAACAUGCAGUACCAAUGUAAGAAAUGCAGUGUCAUUUUCCCUCGAAUUUUUGACCUGAUCACACAUCAAAAGAAGCUGUGUUACAAGGAUGAAGACGAUGACGGUGGAGAUGAAACCCACUUUGAGGAAAAUGCCGAAAGCUGUGAACUGAUCUCCACAAAACCCAUCGAGUUCACUAGGCAACACCCUACCACAGCCACCAGCUCUGGCUCCAGCUCCCCACUAAUGCCAUCACCUCGACCUGAUAUGGGGAAGACCUCACCCAAACCUGAUCUCCCACCCGAGAAAUCAAAGCCCACUGAGACUGUACCUUCGCAAGCAACAAAAGUAAUGGCUGAUUCAAGACCUUCUAAAGCUUCCACUCCUCAACCUCCUCCACAAAAAAUCCCUCAGCCACAAAUGACAAGACCCCAUUCUCAACCUCAGUCUGCAUCCAUCCCAUCCAGCCCUCUUUCCAUUGCACUUUCUUCACUUACCAACAGCCUCCCUCCUCAAAUGCUACAGUAUCAGUGUGACCAAUGCAAGAUUGCUUUCCCAACUGUAGAACUUUGGCAAGAACACCAGCAUAUGCACUUCCUUGCAGCUCAAAACCAGUUCCUGCAUUCUCAAUUCUUAGAAAGGCCUUUGGAUAUGCCCUACAUGAUCUUUGACCCCAGUAACCCUCUAAUGACAGGCCAGCUGCUGUCUGGAGCACUUUCCCAGAUGCCAUCGCAGAGCAGCUCUGGAUUAGCCUCUGCUGCUGGAUCUGGUUCCUUAAAACGUAAACUAGAUGACAAAGAAGAUGUCCCCCAAGACAAAGAUGGUGGAAAUGGUGGUGAAGACCAACACAGGGACAAACGCCUGAGAACCACUAUCACACCAGAGCAACUGGAGAUUCUUUAUGACAAAUACUUGUUAGAUUCUAACCCAACGCGAAAGAUGCUAGAUCAUAUUGCUCAUGAAGUGGGACUGAAGAAAAGAGUAGUUCAAGUCUGGUUUCAGAAUACACGUGCCAGAGAGAGAAAAGGUCAGUUUAGAGCUGUUGGGCCUUCUCAGUCUCAUAAAAAGUGCCCAUUCUGUAGGGCGCUUUUCAAGGCUAAGUCGGCCCUUGAUAGCCACAUACGCUCUCGGCACUGGCAUGAGGCUAAACAGGCAGGUUUUAGCUUGCCUCCAAGCCCCAUGAUACUACAGGAUGAGGGAGGUGAUAGCCCACAUAAGUACAGUUUUGUUGAAUAUCCACCAUUGCCACCAAAGAUUGAAACAAAUGAGUGUGAACUUCCAGCUGCAUCUUCUACUCCAAUCAAAUCAUCUGAGGCACAGAUAAAAAACUUUUUGAGCCCUUCAUCCUUAAAAGCAGAAAACAGUGAUGAGAUUGAAGGGCUUAAUAUGAGUUCUGCUGAGGUCUCUUGUGACAACAACAAAAUUGAUUUUGAUGAGACCUCAUCAAUUAAUACAGCUAUCAGUGAUGCAACAACUGC